CUGAAACCUUGUUUAAACCUACUUGACAGGUCACCUCCAUUGGUCGUCUUUCGGUAGAUUAAAGUGUAUCAGGCGUUCCUUUUCCAAUGGCCGACUUCUACAGCCAGGACUACGGAGCACCUGUGGAGUAUAAUAACUCGGAGACUGGUUAUGGGUCCACCACCCAAUCUGCUGCUGCGGGCAACGGGGAGUAUGGACAAUUUUCCUACGAUCAUAUGAGGGAUGAAGAAGAAUACCAGACAGCUUCUAUGCGCAGUGAUAGAAAACCACCAUCUCCUCAGAAUAAAUAUGAUUCUGGCGGUGAUGAUCGUGGUCGGGGCAAGAAGCGCGACCGCAAGAAGUCACGCAGUCGCAGCCGUGAUCGUCGACGUCAUAGCCGAGACCAUGACCGACAUCGUGAUCGUAGCAAAGACCGCAGAUCCAGACGACAUCAUUCUCGCCACCGGUCCCAUUCCAGUCCAACAUUAGUGUACAAAUACUGGGAUGUUCCACCACCUGGUUUUGAACACGUCACACCUGCUCAAUACAAAGCCCUGCAAGCGUCAGGUCAGAUACCAGUCAACGUGUACGCCGCAGGGCAAGUGCCGAUGCCAGUUCAUGCACCAAAUGCUCCUCUGACGCUCACAACUAACGUACCGUUUGCCGGGAGUGCUGUAUGCAGACAGGCUCGCCGUUUGUAUGUCGGCAACAUACCAUUCACUGCAACCGAAGAAAAUAUGAUGGAGUUCUUCAACAAGCAAAUGAGAGCCCAAGGUCUCAUCCAGGCAGAGGGGAAUCCAAUCAUUGCUGUGCAAAUAAAUAUGGAGAAGAACUUCGCCUUCCUAGAGUUCCGUUCUGUAGACGAGACGACCCAAGGUUUGGCUCUAGACGGUGUUUUGUUCCAAAAUCAAGCGUUGAAACUUCGUCGGCCUCGUGAUUGUGCUCCCCUACCUGGUGUUUCCGAGCAACCCUCAGUCAUUGUCCCAGGUGUGGUCAGCACAGUUGUGCAGGAUUCCCCGCACAAGAUAUUUGUUGGUGGUCUACCAAAUUACCUGAAUGAAGAUCAGGUUAAGGAGCUGCUCCUGAGUUUCGGUCCUCUGAAAGGCUUUAACCUUGUGAAGGACGGUUCUACUGGCUUGUCGAAAGGUUAUGCUUUCUGUGAGUAUGUGGACGCCAAUGUCACAGACCACGCAUGUGCCGGUCUCAAUGGUAUGCAGUUGGGUGACAAGAAGCUUAUAGUGCAGAGAGCAAGUGUUGGAGCCAAACACACAACUGGUACCCUACCACAGAGUUUACUGCAGCUGCCUGGCUUAGAAGAUGGGACAAUCCAAAACACAACUGGUUCCGGUAACAUCACGAUCCGUAGUGGUGGACCACCGACUGAAGUUUUGUGCUUAAUGAAUAUGAUCGAGACUUCGGAGCUGGAGGAUGAUGAAGAGUAUGAGGAUAUCGUUGAGGAUGUCCGUGCAGAGUGCAGUAAAUACGGCGUUGUCCGGAGUUUAGAGAUACCUCGCCCGAUCCCUGGCGUCGAAGUCCCUGGAGUUGGGAAAAUAUAUGUCGAGUUUGCGAGUCUGAUCGACUGCCAGAAAGCUGCAACCGCACUAACUGGUCGGAAGUUCAACCAGCGUCUGGUCGUCACCUCUUUCUUCAGCCCUGACAGUUACCAUCGCAGGGAGUUCUAGCUGUUUCCAGCCAUUACGGUUUUCUAGCUGUAUAUAUGAUACAUUGUAAUGACUUGAUGAAUUGAAUCACUAACAUAUCCUACUUAAACUUGGUUUUUGCCUCCUAUCGCGUGCUCACUGCUGUGAUUUUUUAGGACUUCGCGAUGCAAAGUGGUUUUCUCGACGAGUGUUCGCGCAGUGACACAGGGCUCUUCGCUGGCAGGCUGUCUGCGCAUGUCAAAUCCUAGAUGUAGUGCGUUCUGCGAACACGGGAGUGUAGUCCACUCGGAGUUGAGGUACAUGGAGUUUGUUUCGGGAAGACUGUUGUAUGCCACGGUCUGCGUUGGACUAUUGUGUCGUGGCACGGAUCUUUGUUCGGGUCGUAGGACAGCUUGGAUGUGUCGAGAGUGAGUAGAUGAAUAACUUUUGGUCCGCAGGUUUCAAUUCAGCUUUCGUGACGGGUCCUUGCCUGAGUAUUGAUGCUUCAUUGGAUUUUGGAUCAUAGGUGCUGGUCGCUGCCUGGGUUUCUAAAAUCCUAAAUCUUCUGCGGUCCUGGUGUUUUCGCUUGUAUGCUGGUUCACUCUUCGUUUGGCUGUAUUGUUUUUCGCUCAGAUCGCAGCUCGUGGUCGGUGCUGGGCUGUGUUCAUGCGUUUGCCGUUUUUUUCCUGGUUCGUAGCACGUUGACCAUCGCGAUCGAUUUUACACGUGGUUUGUUGUAGGCUGGCGUAACAGGCGAGGUAGGUGGAUACUGUGAGCGGGUUAGCUAAUUCACUUUGAGAGAUUGCGUGUUUUGUAGCCGAUGCUUUGCUUAGGAGUGUGGCCCUACAAGUAGUGUUCUCGACAUACUUCUUUCUGACUAGGUAUUCGAAUGCAUUACGUUGUGUUCAGAGUGGGGAAUGGAGUCGUUUUUCGACAUUGUCAUCAUUGUUUUUAUGCCUCAGCAUUCGGCAAUCAACUCGGGAGUUCACACAGGUACUGCUUUACCCGCACCGGACUUCCGUUCAAAUACUUCGUGACCUCCGUAAGAUAUCAAACUUGCUCGCGUGGUAUGUUACGGAGUCAAAUAAAUGAUGAUGUUGAGAGUCCACGUUUAGCGUCAACCUGACUACAGCGUAAGCUAGGACUCUAAUGUAUAAUCUGGAGUUAUUAGCGCCGUAUGGCGUGUUCAUUUCGACGACCAGACAUAUUGGUAGUACUUGUUUACGGACGGAGUAGCGGCUUCAUGUGAAAAAGCAAGGCAAUUGUCAGCAGCCCUGUGUUUGCCCAACUUUCAUGUCUAUCGGCGUCCUCCUAUUUGGGUCUGUAGUGCGUUCCUCUACAGGUCGUAGUUUUCAAGCCGCUGAUGAGCAUCGAAUGGUUCGAGUGCCAGGUGUGUAAUAAAGUAUUCUGACAUCGGUUUCUAAGUAGUGUUGGAACUGUAGUUAAUAGGAUAGACUAAAUGUCCAGUGUUGCUGUAUGUGGUGAUGAAAACUGUGAAGAUCACAUUUUCGUUCAUUGUACUCACCAUUUGUUUCAACAGCACGUUUGCAGCAAGCGGCAGGCGUCGGUGAAAACAGUGGUACCCCGUAACCUGCGCACACGCGAAUGAAAACCACUUCGGGUUCGGGUGCCUGGGGUUGCGUUUCGAAGUGGCUGUUCUACCCCACAGUCGGUCUCUGACCACUGUGUCGUGUCACAGGUUUUUGUUCGAGUAGCUAGGAUAGCUUGGAUGUGUUGAGAGUGGGCGGAUGAAUAACGUCUGAGCAAGACCUUGGAAGUGAGGUGGUGCUCAUGAAAUUUAAGCCUUAUAUUUGCCAUGAACACCGAUCUCUUUGAUUGUGUGUGUGUCAGCGCUGUAAAUUGGUCGUAGGGGGCACUCGUUCGGAGGUGGUUCACCACCAGUGCAGAAUAAAGGACUUUUCCAGCCAUAGAUCUCAUCGAGUUCGAUGGCCCAAUUAUUUGCGAUAAACCCACAGAAUUAGAUGGAAACCCAUCUUGAGGCGGCCAGUGUCCCUGAACUAGACCUUAUUCAGCCUUUCACACCGGACUAUGAGAAAUGGCAA